GCUGCUGCUGUUUCUGGUUAGAAUUUUUUCACAGACAAAAGUGUUUUUUCUUGUGCUUAUUGUAAACAAAAUAAAAUACACAAAAAUACCAAUGAAAAAUACAAGAAAUUAAUAAAUUUUUAUACACAGCAAUAGUUAAUAAGUGUCUUAAUGCAAAAUGGAUAAUAAAAAAGAUAUUUACAAUCUAUGGGUGCAAUAUACAACAAAGAAUGAAGAAUCAUAUUUUCGUGAAUUUAUAGAACGUUUCGUUAGCAUUUGGCAAAGUCAAUUAUCAUUGGAUUUUAACUCGGAACAAUGUCCCUAUUGGCAUGAGGUUAAACCAGAUAGUGGCCCACAUUUGGGUCGUCUACCCGAUGAACUUUUACCGGCAAUUGGUAAAUUUAUUAUAGUCGCCAGUGAUUCGUGCCAAAAUGGUGAAAUUUCAGAGGAGACUAUACGCCAAAUAGCCAUACUCGUAGAUUGUUUGAUUAUUGUUUGCCGGCAUUUUGAUAAUAUUUUGGCCAUAAUUAAAUAUGAAUAUAAAUCAAAUUUGAUUGCUAUUUUAACAAAUGUAUUUCAACAGUGUAUUGAACAAAAAACUACUUCAACUGAGGUUUCACAUCUUUUUCGUAGUUUUGCGCAAUUCUUAGAAGUUAUGUAUGAUCCCUACUUGACAUGGCGUAGUUUUUUACGCAACAAUUUUGCCGAUUAUAAAAAGUUACCCUAUAAACCACACAGCGUUCAUGUGGAAAUAAUACCAUUUAUUUAUGACUGUUUUCAACACAAUGAUAUAACCAAAUAUCCCGAUAUAGGUGAAUCAUUAAUACACACUUUAGGAGCAAUAAUAUGUGGUUCCCAGAAAACUUUAGCUGCAAUUAAUUUAAAAAAUCUUAAAAAUACUGGUGAUGGUGUACAUACAUGUGAUAAUUUGCGUAAUGGCAUGAGAGCUAUUUGUCCCGCUACUGUUUCAGUUUUAAUAAAAAUUUUAUCACAAUGGGAAACCACCAAUGAUUUACGUAUUGUUACCUUAAGAUGUUGUGCUUUAAUGAUAAUUGUUUUACAAAAAUCUAGUCCAGAAGAACGCCAAAUAGAUCUAAUCACUCUUAUAAAACUUUACUGUGAUGUUUUGGAUGAAUUGCUAAAAACUGACAUUUUUCAACGUCCUAGUGUUGAUACUUUUGAUAUCGGCUCCGAUGACAAUGAUCCUAAUAAUGAUCAGACUGUAGAUGUUAAUGCUCUUGACUCAUCUGUUGAUAAUAUUAGUAUAUUUCUAGCAGAUGUACAAUCUUCUUCGUAUAUAUGUGAAGCUAUUGAGGAAACCAAUUUGGUGGAUAUAUUAAUUUCAAUACCGAAAUAUGUUAAAACUUGGAAUUUGAAUUAUGCACAACUUUUAAUCAAAGUUCUUAAAGCUCUAGCAUCCAUAACACGUAAUUCUGUAAGGAUUACCGAACAUAUACGUUAUUACGAUAAAGUGGGUAAACUAUUUAUGGGUCUGAUGGAGGUGGGUUUGCCUUCUGUGGGACUCUUGGAGGCAGCCAUAGAAUUGGCUUAUAAUGCAGAGAUGGGUUUAAUAGUUUUACCUGAAGUCUUGACAAAGCUUAUAGAAUGGUUGCCCGAAAUGGAUGUUAGAGAGCAGACAUAUUUAAGUGAGAAAAUUCUAAAAGCCUGUACUGACAAUUAUGGAACGAAAUCCAUUGCUUGUGAAACUCGUAUUAUUAAGUCUAUAUGUUUGUGUUUGCAUCGUUAUGAUAAACUGUCCGAUCAAUGUAUACAGAAUUACAUUAAACUUAUCGAAGAACUUAGUAAAUUAAGUAUUAUACCCAUAGAAUUGAAAAGUAUUUUUAGCCUGUUAAGAAAAGAAAGUAAAUUUCCACAUUCGAAGCAAUUAUUGCAGACCCUUGUUAGUGUUUCAUUGCAAUCGUUGACCAGCACAAAUUUGUGUUCUCAAUAUUUUAAUUUCUGUGAACCAGGCGAUGGUAUCGUAGUAACCGAUAUUAAAAAUUGGUCUAUGUCGGGAGCUUAUGGAUUUAUUUUUCAUAUACUUUUGCGAUUGGAUAAACCUAAAACAGAGAACAGUGGAGAACAAGAACAAAGACCCAAUUGUAGAAGAAUGCUAUUGAAUUUACGCACUGGCAGCAAUACUGGUUUCGAGAUAUUCAUACAAAAUAAUGGAAAUAUAGUGGUGGCGGCUUUAACCAAACGAGAAUAUUUAACCUCCUCGGUGGCCUCUACUACUUUAAUGGAUGGUCAAUGGCAUUAUGUUACGGUGGCCAUAACGCCACCCAAAAGACCUUUUUCCUAUAGUCAAAUUAAUGUCUAUAUAGAUUUUAUGCAAAAAAUAAGUGCCACUUUAAAAGUUCAGGCAAUAAAUGAGCCCUUUAUUUAUUGUUCUGUGGGUUCAGCCUUGCAGGAAAUAAAACCAAGUAAUGCGGCAACUGGCAACAAUAGCAAUACGUCUGUAAUGCCUAGAUCUUCAUCACAAGAUACCAAUCAAUCUUAUAAAGGCAUGUUGCCAAGUUUAUUGGAAAGAACUUUAUCCACAAAUGUAUCCAACUAUUUCACUCUACCGCUGAGAACACAAUCCACCUCUUUUGAUCCCAAUGUAAAAAAUUUCCCUGUUGGCAUGCAGGAGACGGUAUUUGGAGAACAAAAAUGUCUCUACGGACAAAUUGGUGGCGUAUUAUUGGCUGAACCUACCACUAACCUUAAAACAAUAUUCGAUGCUGGCAUACAUUUCAGCUCUAUAUUCUCACAAGACAAUGAUAUUUUGGAAUUGACAUCAAGAUUUGUUUUCUGUUACUCACCGGCUGCCUAUACCCAUAAUACCUGUUUGGAUUUAAUACCCAGCGGACGUUAUUUGGGUCUAGUGCAGGCUCAACAUUGUCAUAUUGUCAAAAUACGUGAUACCAUUAAUAGUGUGGGUGGUAUACAAGCUAUAUUACCCAUAUUACAUCGUAUAAUAAAAGAGAAUAAUAGCGAAUUCUCUCUAUCUGCUGCAGCCUCAGAUUCUACAGAAGAACCUACAGAACCUUUAAAAACUCCCGUGACAGAGGAAUUUGCCGAUUGGGAGGUAUUAUCUUCAAACUCAUAUACCGAAUGGAAAAUGGUACAAUUUCCCAUAGCCAGUUUUAUGUGUUUUCUACGCUACUUAACCCAUGAACAUGACAAUAAUCAGGAAAAUUUGCUCAACAGUGAGUGUCUCUCCAUUAUAGGCAUGAUGUUGCAAAAAUGUCCUGCCAAAAUCUUUGAUGUUAAUGCCUUAAUGGCCACUCACUUGUUUAUGGAAUCCAUACAAGGCCAUAAAUCCUCAACGGGACAAUCUAAUCUGCCCCUACUAGAUGAUCUUUAUACUUCAAUAGCUUUUAAUUUCGAUAUAUGGGUUCACAUGCCCUUCCAAAUUACCCUAGGUCAUGUCCAGUAUCUGGGUGCCAUGAUUAAAAAUGAUCGUAAAUAUUUUCGCAAAAAGUUUGGCAUACAAUUUUUCCUCGAUGUUAUACGUCAACACUAUGGCACUCCUGAGAGCAUAACGCCCGAAGAUGCUAAAACUAUACGUUCCACCAUAUUUGCCAUAAUACGUUUCUAUUUGCAAAAGGAUGUUAAUAUUAAAGAAAUUGGUUCGAUAAUAGCAUUUUUGGCUUCAGUAAAACAGGAACAUGUUUUGAUCGAGUUUUUGGAUAUGAUGACCAUGCAUAUAAAGGGGAAAAAUUGCCGUGAUCAAUUGAUAUUACUGUUGCAUGAGCCUCAGACGGCGAAUUUGAUUUAUAACUAUUUUAUGGAUAAGAACAAUAGCUGUGAGCUGCAGGAGGCUGCUAUAAGGGUAAGUAAUAGCAAUUUAUUAAACUUUUAG